AUGCAGCCUUUACCCUCGGGAAGAUGAGGACUUAGUUUUGUUUUGUGAUAUUGUUCGUGUUUUACUACCACUGCAAUGCAAACUAUCGUCGUGUUAGGGUUAACACGAUGAUGAAGAAGAUAAGCUUAAAAGGCUUACGACUUACAUCGGAUAGGAGAUCGCGCGAAAGUUCACCCAAAGCAUCCACUAAUUCCGAAGUGGAAGACGAAAAUCGUGAAGAAUCUGCACGGAAUGACUCACACACACAGGUUUUAUCACAACUUAGUUAUGCUGGAAAUCUGACAACGACAGAAGAUUUAAAUAAGAGGAAAAGAGAAAAAAUGGGAUUGCUAAAAAAUCUUAGGCGUAAAUUUACUCAAUCCGUUCAUCGAAAAAGUGAAGAAACUGUUGAAUGUGAAUCUCAUAUUGAAGAGUGCCAAACGUCACAUUUACAGUCAAAUUCACAGAUUAUAAUUGACACAAAGAAAAGUAAAGCUAGAGGCAAACAUUUGUUUGUUUUUUGUGACAAGUCAGUAAGGUCAAAUCCAACAUCUCAGAGUAGUGACAGUCUGAACGCAAAUGUUCAAACACUGACUACAACUAAGAUCAGUGAGAUGCAUUCCAACACGGAUAACAGUGAAUUAGAUUCAAAGAAGGAAAAAUCUAGUUGUAGGGCAAAAGACAUUUCUAAAUUUCAUCUUGAUGUCUCAACUAAACUAAAUAAAAUAGAUGGAAAUAGAGGCUGUGGAAAUGGUGCUCAAAAUAAAAUAAAUAGGGAUAGUGACAGUUCUAUUAAGUCUGAUAUUUAUGACAGUUAUGAAGUUGCUGAAAGGUGUGGGUUCUUUGGUUUAGAUACUCUGCGAGAAGAACCCAAAACUUGGAGUUUAACUCAUGAGCUUUUCAGACUUUCUAAAUUUGGCUGGUAUUGGGGUCCUAUAACUCGCAAUGAAGCCGAAGAUAAACUAGCUAAUCAAACAGAUGGUGCUUUUUUAGUGCGGGACAGUUCGGACGAACGAUAUUUGUUAAGCUUAAGUUUUCGUUCUUAUGGACGUACUUUGCAUACUCGUAUUGAACAUUGUAAUGGCAUGUUUAGUUUUUAUGCCCAACCAGAUACAGAGGGUUACCCGUCGAUCGUAGAUCUUAUUGAACAUUCAAUGAAUGAUUCACAGACUGGAAUAUUUUGCUAUUCUCGUUCACGAUCUCCAGGUGCCCCUUCAUUCCCUGUGAGACUGACUAAACCUGUGUCCAGAUUCACACAAGUGCGAUCGUUACAAUAUUUGUGUCGAUUUGUUAUUCGUGAAUAUACCCGAUACGAUCAUAUACAGCAAUUACCAUUGCCUUCCAGUCUCAAAGGAUGGAUUGAAGAAAAACAAUAUUAAACAUAAUAAGACUUUUGAAUGAAAAUGGUUUUUAAAUUCUGGUUAAACUAUAUUUAAGCUGAUUACUUUCAUUUUGAAGCAAGAGAGUGGUGUGUUGCUAUAAUUUGAAUUACUUACCCUUGGCAGGUUUAUUUAUAAAAUUACAUUUAAAUAGUGCUGAUCUGUGUUUUUAUCAUCUAAACAUCUCUGUAUAAUUUUAUGACAUUUAGACAAUGUGUAUAUAAUAGGGCCUGCUGUAUCAGUUCAUAAUAUCUUAGUUUUUUAAUCUUUUAAAAUUUCCUAUCUGGUAUUGAAAAAUGUGAAAUGAAAUGCAUAGAAUUAAAGAGCAUAAUAACGUUAAUCUUAAAUGUAUUAAGAAUAAUGUGUUUAAUUGAUUUGCAGACGAAAAUGUUAUUCCAAAUAGAGCCCUGGACAGUUACAUAAAAUAUUUUAUCAAUACAUUGUUUGAAUUGCUUUAUUUAUUUCUUUAGAUAUUUUUCAUUAAUCUAAAAUUUACUUGUGCACAUGAACAAGUUAAUGUAGGCCUACGUGUAACCUACACUUUACAUGUACCGGUACUCCAUUCAUCAACAAAAAGUUAAAGGAACACUUGUCUUAUGAAUUGUAACUACAUGUACCCACACAUUAAUCUUUUUUAUAUAAUGCUGCAUUCUGUUGACUUUUAAACCAAAAUGGUUAUUUUUUCUAAAUUCAAUUUUUUUUUUUUAUCUGUACCAGUAAUUUAAAUGCUAUGACUAUGAGGGCGAAUUAAUUUAUAUGUUAUGACUAUGAGGGCGAAUUAAUUUUUAUGGUUUUGUGUACAUUUAACCAGCUAUUAUACUGUCAGUGUCUUAUUGAAUUAAUUAAUAUCAUUGACCUUUCAUCUACAUAGACUACAUGUGUUGUAAUGUAGCAUAUUAUUCAUUUACCAGUAAUUGAUGACCUUGAACUGACCAAAUUAAUAUAAUGGGACAAAUGUAGAAAAUUUCUAACAGAUUAAAUUUUUUUCAUUAAGUAGUUGUAUUUGAAAUAAAAAUGAAAUACAUGUACAAUAUAUGCAGAUGGAAAAAUAUUGUUAAGGGAAUUUAAAAAGUUUAAUAGUAUCGGUAAGUAAGAUUACACAGUAAUAUUCGUAUCUUUUGGGAGAUGUAAACUGCAGGCAGCUUAAUCAUUAACUGCAAUAAUGGCAGUCUUCAAUAAAUAAAUAAAAAUAAACAUUAAUUUUGUUUAUCUAGUGAAUUUUUCGGACUGCAAGUACAUAUGUAUAAACGGGUUCAAAUAUUAAUUUUGAUAUAUUACACAUGUAUAUUCAAAAUUCAAAAUCAGUCUAAUGCCGUUUUACCAUUCACCAGCACCAGUAUUUAAAGAAUUUGUCAAAUUAAUUAUAAUGACAAUAUAUGUACGACAGCUUUUUUAAAAAAAAUUUUUUAACAAUAUUUUAUUCUCAGAAAAGAAUUAAUGAACAAGCUAGGCCUAUAUUACCUCUGACUGCUUCCUUUGCACAUUUGGCUAAAUAUACUAAAAUGAACAUUGGACAUACAGUAUCUUUAUAUUUUUGUGAACUGAACAAAAAUCUGGAGCUGAGCUGUUGCUAAAUAUGUAUAGCUAUACAUUGUAAAUUUUGAUCGGAGGUGUGUGUUUCUUAUCAAAAAAAUACUUUUUGUUUUAUUUUUUAGUGAAAAACCAUCUUCAUAACCUGUAGUAGCAAUAGUGUAAUAAUCAGUAAUGUAAUAUGACUGUACAUACAUAUUCUAUGUAAAAGUACAUGUAGUUUAUAAGCAGAUGUAAUUUCUGUUGAUCUCAUUUGCAAUAUUUAAUGUCAGUAAUAUAAAAAAAAAAGCAGUGUAACCUAAAUUAUUUGGUUAAUGAAAUAUGUUGAUUGUUGUUAUUAAGAAUAUAAUUACUUCUAAUUAAAGAUCAAAUGUUAAGUAUUCUAUAAAUUAUGCAUUGCGAUUUUCAUUAUAUUUCAUUAGCCCAUGAACUAUAACAUUAAAGAUGCAUUAUUUAAGAGCUUAAUCUGCCUAUUUUAGGUAUCUCAAAUGUUAUAUAAAUUAUUUACCAAAAAAGCCUAUAUAUAACUCUCCAGACUCGGGUUUCCAACCUCGGGGUAGCGGAGCACUUUUCGUAGGGUCGUGGCGGACAACUCUGAAACUUUUGAAAAAAAUGCUGUUUUCAUGAACAGCAUAUAAAUCUCUGAUCUUUUCACAUCUUGCCACAUUGCCAGUCGUCUUUCUUUUCUCAUGCUCAUGAUUUGUUUCAUUACAACAUUUUGAUCUGUAAAUGAUGUUUCAUAGUAAAAGGUGACUCUGUUUUUCAAGAUGUCACAAUUAGAUGGUAGUUUCCGGAAUAGGGUCGCAACCAACAAAUAGUUGGGAACCACUGCUCUAGCCCAUCGUUUGGCUGAGAUUUAAAUAGAUUACAACACCAGCAAGAUUUUAAAAUUUUAACAAUAAAAUGGAUAAUCAAGGCUAAGUCUCUGUUGUCAAGAACCGUUAUUACGAUAAUGAACAGUCUACACUAGAUCUUGUCAAAACUUCAAAUACUCAAAUUUUUACUCAUAAUAAAGUAAUUUGAAUGAAAUUUUCUAUACAUGUAUAUUCAUUUUUCAUUACCUAUAAUUGAGUAAGAAGGACCAUCUUUUUACCUAAACCUUACAUAAUGCAUCUUUAAACUAAAAGAAAUGUAAUGCAUGACUUUUUUAGAACCUAUUUACCAGCUGUAAAUUACCUACUACACAGAAUCAAUAUUUGAGUAAACUUUCUAAUGUUAGAGUUUAGUACAGGGAAAAAAAUUCUGAACUUUUACUUUUGAUCCAAAGUGCAAUAAUAUGGACUAAAUAUCAAGUCUUAACUGGGGCAGACAGGCUUUGAAAUAAAUUAUAAACAAAGAGUUUGACUUGUAUAAAUGUAUGGUCUAGAUAUAACAUUCUGUGAAUGAUUGUUAUGUGUUAUUUAAACUAUAAUUUAUAUAAUUAAUUAUAAUUGUAUGAUAUGAUUGUCUUGAAAUAUGUGUACACUGUAUGUGUACAGUGCAAUUCUGUUCAGUUACCAUGGCAAGUGACCACACUUUCGCUUUGGAAACUGGUACAAAUACUUUAGUACAGUGGAAGCCUAUCAAUUCUAUCAGUUGACAAUGUCAUAAAAUGCCUGGUAUAAUUUUUAAAAACUUGAUUCCAGGAAUAUGCACUAAUUUGUUGUCUUAUUCUAUCUGUUGAGAUAAAGCCUUGGACUUACAUGUAACAGAAUGUUCCUUGUUGAUUGGGCCUUUAAUGGACAUUUCACUGAUGUUUGCUAGUCAAAUUGUAUAAAUCUCUUUUGGAAAAUACACUGUAGUAAAAGGGUUACUUUAGUGUUAUUGGUGACUGAAAUACUGAAAAUUACUUAUAAAAGCUAUUACUAGUAGAUUUUGGCACCCUUAAUAAAGCAGUAUUUAGACUAGUAAUACUGUAUGAGACUUAUAAUUAAUUUCUUAAGUUUAGUAGGCUACUAUUCUUAUGACAAUACUGCUUUAUGCAUAUAGCCAAAGUAAUGUUCAUAAAAACAUGUAGUAAAAACAAGUGCUGUAUAUUCAUUUAUGAACAAAUAACACAUGAAAUAGCUUCGGCAGUUUUUUUAUAUGCCAAAAUUUUUAAUGUCGUGUAUGAUGUCAUCACCCCCGUCUGUCGAUUUGUUUGUCAGUCACAUUUCUUUGUGUUUGUUGUUAAUUACUAAUAACACAGACAGAUUGUCUAUCUCUGUACCUUCCAAAACAUGUUCAAAGGGCAAAGUUGUGGGAUGUUGAUCACUGAGUCUUCUUGUUGAAAUUGAUAUGGCUUAUCUACAUGUAUCUUAUUGAAAUAAAGACCAUAAUGAUUUUCUGCAAAUUUCUAUAAUAACUACCAGCGUUAUUUCAUUUUUUUUUUAAAAAACAAUUUAUGAUUUGAUAUUGUUAAAAAAAAUUUCAGUUCAACUCAUAAAUGCUCGCAUGGCUUAGCUGUGGUGAGCAUAUGUUUCAGUUAUCUGUUCUAAAUCAUGUCAUAAUCAUAAAUUUUUAAAAUUUUGUUGUCAUUGUUUGAAUUGGUCUGAUCACUGCCAUUGAUUAGCAUGUACAAUGUAUCAUGUAAUAAUCAUAAAUAAUGUAAAUAGUUCGUAAUAUACAACCAUGUAGAAUUGUAGAAAAUCAACUCAUGAAAUCCAGAAUUUAAAAGCCAUUUACAUAUUACAAAGCAAUUACCUGCCAGCCUUCCAACAUUUUAACAACUUGGAAAACUGAAUAGAAACUUUUAACAAUUUUUUAUACCAUUUCUUGUUUGUUUCUUUCAUUAAUAUAUAAUGGAUGACUGUAGAGAUUUAGAUUAUAUGACAAUCAUGUUUUAACAAAGGGAACAUCUUUUCCCCUCUUCUUUUCAUCCUAGUUAAGUUAGGAAACAUAAUUAUGAACCUUGUUAAAAAAGAUUAUUCAACUUCUGAGUCAGUUAACAUGCCAUAAGAUACAAUGUUUUUGAGAAUUAUUGCCUAUAAAUAGCAUAAUCACUAAUUUGUAUUUUUUUCUGUGCAAAAAUCCUAAUACAUAUUAGUCAAUCUUGGGAGUUAGGUUUAUUUUAAAAAAUAAACAGAAGAAAAGAUCAGUUGAUAAAAUUUGGGACAAGAUGGUUCGCGUUCAGAGUGGCAUUGUACAUGGUCUUGUUAAUUUAUGAAGCUAUUAUUUAACAUGUUUAAGAUAACACUUUGUAUAAGUGAAUUGAGGAAUACUGAAUGAUGGAGAACUUCCAAGUGUUAUUGCAGAGCAAUACAUAUAUUAGAAAUUGUUAUAUUACAUACCAGUACAUUUACUAACACUAAAUUAUCUUUAUUUCCAUUCAGAUAACUGAGUUUUGAGAACAUAAAAAUCAUGCGCAGAAAUUGAAUUAAUCAGUAAAUUCUCUUUUAACAAGGUUCCUUUCUUCAGUUAUCUCUUUCUGACGUUGGAUUGAAUUUUCCUUGAAAAAUUGAAGUGUAAUUAUUCACAAGCUUUGUUUUGCUUAUUUUACGUUAAUUGAAUGAAAACUGCCCCAAUAUGCAAGUGCUGGUAGCACUUUUCGUGAUAUGUAUGUAUGUAUGUAUGCUCCAAUUUAUACUAAAUAAAUUUAUGUAUGUUUGGUAUUAA